UUUCCAGAAACUUCUGAUCUUACUCACCGCGAGCAUUGGCUCGUUUAGACUUAUUCACCCCUCAGUACAAAGACACAACUUUACCCCCACUUACACACCACAACCCUGCAUACGUCACAGACUCCUCAGCAUGGGCUCCGAAAAGGGCUCAGCAGCAAAGCAGGAGUAUGAGAGGCAUCCAUUCCAGCUCUCGGUCGACGAGCUGAGGGGGCAUCUAGGGGCACACACAGACUCCGGCUUGAGUACGUCCCAAAUCAACCAGGUUCGAAGCAAGUACGGAGAGAACAGGUUAGAGGGAGAAGGCGGUGUGAAAUGGUACUCUGUACUUCUAAAGCAAAUCAGCAAUGCCAUGAUCCUGGUUCUGCUCCUCGCCAUGGCCCUGUCCUACGGUGUCACGGACUACAUCGAAGGCGGCGUCAUCACGGCCGUUAUCGUCCUCAAUGUCUUUAUUGGGUUCUACCAAGAAUUCCAAGCGGAGAAGAAAAUGGACUCGUUGCGAGCCCUCUCGAGUCCGACAGCAACCGUGCUCCGCAACGGCAUCGUGGACGCCAUUCCCUCGGCCGAAGUCGUACCAGGCGACAUUGUGCAGAUCAAAACGGGCGACACGAUUCCGGCGGAUCUCCGCAUCUUCGAGGCCAUGAACUUGGAGUGCGACGAGAAGAUCCUGACCGGCGAAGCGAUACCCGUGGCCAAGAACGCUGAGGCCGACUUCGCGGGCAGGAGCGAGCUCGAGACUGGCAUUGGCGACCGCGUCAACAUGGCGUAUUCGUCGUCGACGGUGACCAAGGGCCGGGGGCAAGGCAUUGUCGUCUUCACGGGCAUGUAUACUGAGAUCGGGAGGAUUGCUGCGUCUAUGCAUGGCAAGGAACGCAAGGCCAACCGCUCGCUGUCGAGGAAGAAGGGCGGCAAUCUCCAGCCCGCGAAAGGCCUUGCCCUGCGCAUAUGGGACGGCAUUGGCGAAUUCUUGGGCCUCACGGUCGGUACGCCGCUGCAGAGGAAGCUGUCCAAGCUUGCAUAUCUCCUGUUUGGCUGUGCCAUCCUUUUGGCAAUUAUCGUCUUUGGCGUUAAUAGGUUCGACGUUACGAAUGAAGUUGCCAUCUACGCAAUCUCCACAGGCAUCGCAAUGAUUCCCGAGUCACUUAUCGCUGUCCUUACCAUCACCUUCGUCAGCGGCAUGACCUCCAUGCGCAAGCGCCGCGUGCUUACCCGCAAGCUCAGCGCCCUCGAAGCCCUCGGCGGCAUUACCAACAUCUGCUCCGACAAGACUGGCACCUUGACCCAGGGCCAGAUGAUCACUCGCAAAGUAUGGAUUCCCGGCGUGGGGGUGUACACGGUCAACAACUCCGAGGAGGCAGCAAACCCGACUCAGGGGACCGUCACGCUUGGCAAGGAGCACUCCAAGACUGAGAUGGAGGCCGAGGCGCACGAGAGACGGGAGAAGCUGGACCGCGACAGGAGUGCUGCGGGCAUCCGGUUCAAAGAGCCAAAGGAGAAGACGGAGCGGGAUGAGCGCAGAGCCAGAAACGCCGAGUUGGACGAGAAGCAGGACGAGGAAGAGGAAAAUGUCGAAAUCGUCCCCGAGCUCGACGCCUUCCUCCACUCUACUGCCCUGUGCAAUCUCGCCACCGUCCGCCACAACGAAGAAGAGCAGAAAUGGCAGACUACGGGCGACCCCACCGAAGUGGCGCUUCAGGUGUUUGCUCACCGUUUCGACAUGGGCAAGAAGACGCUCGAGAGGCAGCGCGGCUGGAAACAGAUCUCCGAAUACCCCUUCGACAGCACCGUCAAGCGCAUGUCGGUCAUUUACAAAGAGCCAGCCACCAACACCACGGUCAUCUUCACCAAAGGCGCCGUCGAGCGCAUCCUCGACCUGUGCGUCAGCGUGGGCAUCGGAGCAGACGCAAGGCCCAUCGACGACAGCGUCAAAGAAGCCAUUCUCGAGCAGAUGACGCUGCUGGCGGACCAAGGGCUGCGCGUGCUCGCCAUCGCGCGACGCAGCUGGAACGGCCCCGCCAUGGGCGAAAAGUCCGAAAUCCCACGCGACAACAUCGAGACGGAGUUGACGCUGCUGGGGCUGGCCGGGCUGUACGACCCCCCGCGGCUCGAGACCAAGGACGCGGUGCGUGAGUGCACGACGGCGGGCAUCCGCGUGCACAUGCUGACGGGGGACCAUCCGGGGACGGCGGCGGCGAUCGCGCGCGAAGUCGGCAUCAUCCCGAAAGACAUGGGGACGCUGCCGCGAGACGUGGGCGAGGCGCUGGUCAAGACGGCGGCCGAGUUCGACGGCAUGAGCGACGCCGAGAUCGACGCGCUGCCCGCGUUGCCGCUCGUCAUUGCGCGCUGCGCGCCCAACACCAAGACGCGCAUGAUUGCGGCGCUGCAUCGGCGGCGGGGCUACGCGGCCAUGACGGGCGACGGCGUGAACGACGGGCCGAGCCUGCAGGCGGCGGACGUGGGCAUCGCCAUGGGGCUGGCGGGGUCGGACGUCGCGAAGGGGGCGGCGGACAUUGUGCUGACGGACGACAACUUUGCGAGCAUCGUCAACGCCAUCGAGGAGGGGCGGCGCAUGUUCGACAACAUCCAGAAGUUCGUGCUGCACCUGCUGACGUCCAACGUGGGGGAAGUGGUGCUGCUGGUAUGCGGGCUCGGGUUCCAGGACCGCCACGCCUUCUCCGUCUUCCCGCUGAGCCCGCUGGCCAUCCUCUGGAUCAACAUGCUGACGUCGGGCUUCCCGGCCUUUGGGCUCGGCCGCGAAAAGGCCGCGUACAACGUCAUGAUGCGCCCGCCGCACGACAACAAAAAGGGCGUCUUCACCUGGCAGAUCAUCACCGACAUGGUCGUGUACGGCCUGCUGAUGGGCAUGCUGACGCUGUUCACCUUCGUCAUCAUCGUGUACGGCCCGGGCGACGGCGCGCUGGGCGUCGACUGCAACCGCGCCUACAGCCCCAGCUGCGACGUCGUGUUCCGCGCGCGCGCCGCCGUCUUUGCCGAGCUCACCUGGCUCAUCCUCAUCUCCGCCUGGGAGAUCAAGAGUAUCCGCCGCAGCAUGUUCCGCCUCGACCCCCGCAGCGACAGCCGCUUCCCCUUCUUCAGCGACGUCUGGGACAACCAGUUCUUGUUCUGGGCCGUCGUCGCCGGCAGCCUGAUUGUGUUUCCGUGCAUCUACAUCCCGGGCUUCAACACCACCGUCUUUAAGCAGAAAGGCAUCUCCUGGGAAUGGGCCCUAGCCAUCGGCGCGGUCAUCAUCUUCGUCGCCGGCAUGGAGCUGUGGAAGCUAGCCAAGCGGACAUUCGGGUGGUUCGCGCUGGCGGAAGACGAAGACCGCGUCGAGGACCAAGGCCGCCACAGGAAACACCCGCUCAGCCUGCGCCAGGGCUUCUUCUCCUUCUCGCGCACAAACUCCCUAGCCAAGGACGUCUCGCCCGGUGGUGGCUCCGAGCUCACCGCUGUGCCGAGCUGCCAGAGCGCCCUGCGCAGUAGCUUGGUCAAGGACGAGGUUUGAGUGGCUUCGCUAGGUACUGAGCUUUGAUGGUUUAUGUUUGCUUGUUGUCAUCGGCUAGAUACCAC